AUGUCGAUGCCUCCCGCGUCGAGCGUCUUCGACUCAGGGCUCGACGGAUUCUCGUCGCCCUACCUCGAUGAAAUCGUUCGCAACAGUAUUAGCCAUGCCAUGGACACAUUGGAUAUAAGCGCACCCUCUCCGGGUCCGCCAAGCGCCAGUGACUUACUCAACGACAUGGGAGAUUAUUGCUCUCGCACGGCCAUGAUGUGGGCCUUGGUUACCGAAAACCUUUUGAAAGGGCCUCAUCUGGAGCAGGCCGCGAGAAGGGCUCACGAGCGAUCCUGCACUGAUAGUGGCAUGUCAGACCUGUCCGAGGUUGCGCGAAUAGACGUGGACAUUGCUCGCCUCCGCAAAAUCAGGGAUCUGAGUAUUGAGUUUUCACAUCAAGUCCAGGCUACGUGGCGGCCGCAAACUCCUACCAUGAGCUCGCCGCCAAGGUCGCAGGCUGCUUCCAUCUCGCCAUUUCUUGACACCAAGAUGUCUUUAGCUGGCAAAUCAUUGUCGAUCUCUAGCGAAGGAGAGUCUCGUGCCUUCAAGGCCCGCAAACUGCUCCCCGACAGUCAUGCACAGAGUCAGACAGACUUGGGCCAAAGGUCUGACGAGUCGGACGAAUCUGACGACGAGCUCUUCCUUGACAUCGACAUGGAUGCGCUGCGACAACGAGGCAAGGGGACUUACUCAUGUCCAAAGGGAACCCGGUGUAAGAAGGGCGGAGUCGACAAGGAAGGAAACUUGAUCAUUUUCGAUCGGAAUUCCUCGUUUGCGCAGCACUGCAACAAGCAUCGGAAGCCAUGGCGGUGUGACAUUGCCGGAUGUCCAAAUCCGCCCAAGAAGCGCCGGUUUGCUCGUCGAGACGGCCUAGAAAGGCACAAAGCCACGGUCAAGCACUACGUCGUGACGUAG